AUGGCCGACCCUACACCGGAGCAGCGUGAGCUACGCCUGGUCGAAAGCGUCGAGUUCAAAAUCCUCGGUGUUGCAAACAAUGAAGUCAAGCUCCAUGAGCUACUUCAGCGCUAUCUGGCCCCUGUCAUCUUGAAAGCAGCGAGCGAGCAUGCAUCGGUGAGGGCGAGGGUGAUACAAAUCUUGGCCAGGUUAAAGACCUUUAUUCAGCCACCCGAAAUCAUCCUACCAGUCAAGGCAUUGUUGCAGCAGUACAAGUCCAACGACUCUCCCGUCAUCAAGCAGCUCGAUCUAUCCUUCAUCCAGCACAGUCUCGAUAGGCUAGACGUGGAGGAUAGGAGGGAACUCAUCCCCAAUGCUCUGUCUGGAAUCGCCCGCGACCAGGGCCAGCCUAGAGCGAGCACCAUGCUGAACAUUGUUCUCCGCUUGCUUCUCGACAUGAGGAUACCUCCUCGAGGGAGCAAGGAAGACGAUUCGUUUAGAGCCUCGAUUGGCCUGUCAAAUGACGAUGACGCGAAAUACCUCGCCAAUCUCGUCGGCAUUUUUCUGCGUUUGCGCGCACCAGUUGGUUCGCAGUCCCUCGCGAGCGCAAACGCGGCCCUCGAGCCCGACGAGCUGGCUCUCUUUCCAACCGAGAAUCCCGACACGGAAAAGGUCUUCAAGAGGCUGUCGGAGCUCAAGGCAAAGCUCGUGACGUUCUUGGCGAGCGGAGCAUUCACGGACGAAGAAAAGUUCCUCCCCGCUGUUUUUGCCGCAUCGGGCUUCGACAACCGUGUUGCCUCGUCCGCCGAGGAGAUCAUCAAGAGAACAUCCAUCUCCAUGGAGGACGAGUCUCUCGUCAAGCGCCUGUUUCGCUCGCACUCUAUCCUACCGGUUCCCUACAGGACCCGAAUCCUCAACAUUCUGUCGAAAUCGACACUGUCGACUUCCAUGGCCGACGACAUCAUGGCUGUCGUUGCCCUCGAUUUCAUGCCUCAGCGGUCGGAUGGUUCGACCGAUGCCACUCUCCAGCCGUCGAGCGUUCUGGAACGAACGAAACUGCACAAAGCCUUGUUCCAGUACCUGUCCUGGGUGGCACGAGUUGGUCCCUCGAAGCCUGGAUUCGCCAGCGGACCUCCCCUGAUCCGUAGCAUGCGCUCCUACCUCGAGACGCAGGGCUGGCCCCGUCCACAGCAGACAUCGCAUGAUGACAUCAACCUGCGAUGCCGCGCGUACGAAACCAUCGGAACUCUCGCCAGAAGCGCCGAGCUGCCGGUCAAGGACUCGCUCGAUCUCGCCGCAUGGCUGUUCCGGUCCCUGUCGGAAGACACGACCAACGACGCCGUCGUCAACAUCGACGGCGCCCUCUCCAGCCUGACGGCAGUCAUUCCUCCAGGCGUGGGACGAGACGAAGCGAUGCUGACAACCAUGUUGCUGACGUACAUGUCACUCCCCGACGAAGCUCCGGCCGUUCGCAGCACACGCCACGCAGUCGUCAAGUGGGCAAAUCAGUGCCUGCCAUUCUGCGACAUUCACGGCAGGUGGAUAGAUGUCCUUGCCGUCGCCGGUCGGCCGAACGAGCGGAAUGAUGUUGUCGAACAAGGCCACAAGGGCCUGGACCCGUGGACGUACUUGGCCCACAGCGAGGCGGCCCCUGACCUGCCCGACUGGAAGGAAAUGACGAUAACCUUUUUCGACUCGCUCAUCGGCGCUUCUCAGAACUCGGGUCGUCAGCACGCCGGCGCUUCGCCCUCGCUUACGGAUAAGGCCGUCUUUCAGAACUUUCUGCCCGGACGCAUCCUAGCCUUUCCGGUUGCCCUCCGGUACUGCAAGCACGUAAUGCUGCUGUCGGCGCUCGGCGAUUUUGACAUCCAGCCGGACUGGAUGCAUACACUGGACGCCCACGUCAGGACGGAUGUAGUCGCCCGAGAUCGCAUCAGGGAAUAUCUUCGGACGGUCGACAGCGGAUACGUCGUCUUUUACCUAAAAUCGUGCCUCGAGGGCAUGUUUUUGGAAGAUUCUCCCGUCGUCGAAGAAUGCAUCCGCUGCUUUGUCGACGUCGCCUCGCUGAGCCCCGGCGGGCCCCUCGGCUACCUGAUCGACUCCGGUUCCAACCUGCUCAAGCUGAUCAAAUCCAACAGCAAGGAGAUUCGAAGACUGGCGGCCAGGGCGCUCGGCAUACUCGCUGCUCACCCGGCGAACAGCUCCCGCAGCGUGGAGAGCUGGAGCAAGACAUUGUGUUCCAUGUUCGCCAACGCUGAGCAGCUGGUUGGGUCGGAAGCGAAUGCCGCCGAAGGCGCGUUGCUGGCACUCGGCUACCUCACUUCUCGGUCCAGGUACUAUGAUCGCGAAUCGGUCCUCGAUCCCGAAUACCCUCUGCUGUAUCUAGUCGGGGACGAGGUCUCGUCGUCGUUGUAUACAUCCGCCUUGGAAUCAUUCUCCCAGCUCUGGUCAGCGGGGCUCGCCGUGCCCACAUCGAGCAGUCAUCCAUCCGUGGACACGAUCAUCACGAAGCUGUCUGCGGAAGCGAAGAAGGGAAAUGACAAGGCCAUCACUGCCAUGGGCCAACUUGCCGUUGGCUUGGAGGAUGUUGUCCUCGACGAUGACGCCAUGGUUGAAGAUUUGCUAUCCCGUGACGUCGUCGGUUCGAUACUAAAAGAGCUGUUUGCCUUGCACGAAAUCAAGCAAGUGGAGACUCAGUUUACGGUUGGCGAGGCCCUCACUGCCGUCGUCGCACGCUGGGACUCCAAUGCCGUCAAGUUGAUGAUGGACGUCGAGGCUCGCGGCUCGCCAUUCCGUGCGGGUGCGAGAGACAAUCUCGUCGAGGCUGUUCUUGAGAAGCUCAUUCGCGAUUGCAAAUCCACGAAACCGUCCCUUCUCAAGGCGUCCGGCAUCUGGCUCUUUUGCAUCGUCCAGUACUGCUCGCAUCUGCCUCAGGUGCAGUGCCGGCUGCGCGAAAUCCAGGCCGCGUUCAUGCGACUGCUCAGCGCGAGAGAUGAGCUUGUUCAGGAGACGGCGUCGCGUGGUCUAUCUCUCGUGUACGAGCGAGGCGACUCGGAACUCAAGUCCGCUCUCGUCAAGGAUCUGGUGUCGGCGUUUACGGGCUCGGGAACCCAGCUCAAGGUGGACGCGGAGACGGAGCUGUUCGAGCCGGGAGCGCUUCCCACGGGCGAGGGCAGCUCGGUAACGUCAUACAAGGACAUUGUCAACUUGGCAAACGAGGUUGGCGACCAGAGAUUGGUCUACAAGUUCAUGUCGCUCGCGGCCAACGCGGCCACUUGGUCCACGAGGUCGGCGUUUGGCCGGUUCGGGCUCAGCAACAUCCUGUCCGAUUCGGAGGUUGAUCCGAAGCUUUACCCAAAGCUGUACCGUUACCGCUUCGACCCAAAUACCAAUGUUCAGCGAUCCAUGGACGACAUCUGGAAGUCGCUCGUCAAGGAUCCGAACGCGACGCUGGAUAAGCACUUUGGCUCCAUCAUGGAGGAUCUGCUGGAGAGCAUCCUGAGCAAGGAGUGGCGCGCACGGGAAGCGAGCUGCGGUGCCAUCUCGGAUCUCAUCCAGGGCCGGCCUUUCUCGCAAUACGAAAGGUACUAUCGAGAUGUGUGGAACGCGGCCCUCAAGGUGCUCGACGACGUGAAAGGAAGUGCCAGGGAGGCCGCGUUGAGGCUCUGCAUGGCCUUGUCCAAGGGUCUCGUUCGACAGCUGGAAGAGGGAAACCACGCGGCAGCGGCCAAGGCGAUGAUGAAGGAGGCGCUUCCCUUUCUCCUCUCCGACAAGGGCGUGGAGAGUUCGGUCCAGGACGUGCAGGUGUUUGCCACCUUGACGGUGCUGAAGAUUGCCAAGCACGGCGGCAAGGCGUUGCGACCCUUCAUCCCCGGCAUGGUGCCUCAGCUUUUGGUCUUGCUCAGCGCAAUCGAGCCUCAACAGGUCAACUACCACUACCAGAGAGUCGGGGAAGAGAGCCGCGAUCAGAUCGACAAGUUGCGCUCUCAGAUGGUCAAUCAGUCUCCCAUCUCGGAAGCGAUCGAGAACUGCCUGCGGUUCGUCGAUGCCGAUACCAUGGCCGAGCUUGCGCCGGGUCUGGAGACGACGAUGAAGACGGCGAUCGGAAUGCCCACCAAGCUUGGCUGCGGCCGUGUGCUCACGACACUCGCCACACGCCAUGCCAAAGACCUGGAGCCGUUUGCGGGUCGCUUCCUGCAGUUGCUGGAGAAGCAGACGCUGGACAAGAACGACGAAGUCAGCCAGGGCUACGCCCGCGCGUCCGCCUACAUGAUGCGAGCGGCUCCCGACACGUCGAGGGUGCGGUUCUGCCAUCGGAGCAUCGAUACCUAUUUCCAAUCGGAAGAUGAAAGUCGACGACAAAAAGUCGCCGACGUCAUCGUCUCGCUGGCGAAGGUAUCACCGGAUCACUUCACCGCUCAGGAGACGGCGCUGCUGCCUUUCUCCUACCUCGGGGCUCACGAUUGCGACGAAUAUGCGUCCAAGGUGUUUCAAGAAGUGUGGAACCAGCACGCCGGAAGCAACCGCACGGUCCAACGCUACGUGCCCGAGAUUGUCGCCCUCGUCGAGCGGUGCCUGGACACGGCGCAGUGGUCUCUACGGCACACGGGCGCCUUUACCGUCGCCGUCAUGGUCUCGGACGUGGCCAAGGCCAGCGAUGCCACGGGCGCCAUCGGAGAGGCAAGCUUGAAGGCCAUAUGGCCCGUGUUGGACAAGACGCUCGCGUUGAAAACGUUUCCGGGGAAGGAGAAGCUGCUCGACUCUUAUCCCAGCUUCGUCGAGCGUGGCCAGGCGCUGUGGAAGAAGGACGGUCAGGUCGCGGCGCGGCUGAAGGCGAUUGCCCUGCGCGAAGCGAAGCGAAACAAUGACGAGUACCGCGUGCACGCAUUCCGCUGCCUCUGGAGGUUCGCCAAGGCAAGGGACGACCUCGCCAUGCUGCAGGAGAUUGCCGACAUCACGACGCCGUACCUGGACGAGUACGUGGACGAGAACAAGAUGGACGUGGACUCCAAGGGGGGCACCAAGGAAGAGAUGGCGUUUGCGACGGCGAAAAACGCAUUCGAGGCCAUCGCCCGCGGGUACCCCAGUGCCGGGACAGCAGACUUUAGAACGGUGCUCCGAGACGUCGUCAAGCUCCUGGCGCCGUACCUGUCGCUGGCCAAGUUCCAGAUGAUCAAGCGACAGGUUUGGUACGAGGCUGCGUGCGACCUGAUGACCGAGGCAGCUUCCAGGACGCCGCUCGAGGCCGCCGCUCCGCCGCAGUUUGACGGGGACGGCGUGCUGGCCGCCAUUCUCCGGAGUCUCGACCUCGACCACUCGGAUGCGGGCACGGAAGGGCAACGGUUGGCGAGAACCAGGGCGGUGUCGGCGACGUUGAAGGCGCGAGGCGUGUUUGGGAAACGCAGCCUCCCGAUUGGGCUGGAGAGCAUCAUCGAAACGGCGAUGCGGGAAGAGAGGGCUUUGGACGUGCAGAAGGCAUGGAAGGACGUGCUGGACGAGUUGAAAGGCCAGCUGGGCGAAGACGCGACUGCGUAG